ACUCUGAGCCUCCGCGGGGAGGGGCGUGACCAACUCGGGGCGCGCGGACAGGCAGGCAGGACUCCACGCGCGGCUUUUUCCCCUCGCCGAGACUGGAGCCUUGGCGUCGGUCCUGCGGGCGCUGGUGCCGUCGCCUGGCCAGCUUGCCGGCGGAACAUGUUCCCAGAAAGCUGAUUGCAGCCGGGCAGUCGCGACGGCACUGCCGCCGCCAUCCCAGUGAGCUGGAAUUGGUAACGCGCCCCAAGUUGGUCCUGCGGGAGGCCGCUCCCCAGCAAUCCAGAGAGGCGUCCGGGCCGGGCGGCGGCGAUAGCGGCCUCGCUGCCACCUUUACCCUCAUCUCGACCACCACCAGUAGCAGCAGCAGCAGCUCUGACUCCCACAGCACCAUGGACCUCUCCUUCAUGGCCGCGCAGCUUCCAGUUAUGGGAGGAGUGUUUAUGGACUCGUCCAAUGAAGAAUUUAGCACAGAAUAUUCUUUGUUUAAUUCAUCUGCCAAUGACUACACUACUGCCUCAGUGCCAAAUCAGCCAGAAGAGACAGCUCGUUCUUCAAAUGAUGCCAUUUUGUUAUGGAUUGCAAUUAUAGCCACAAUUGGAAACAUUGUAGUUGUUGGAGUUGUGUAUGCAUUUACAUUCUGAGAAGUAAAGAAGACAACUCCAGGAGACACGUACGAACAGAUGUACGUGUAUGUAUGUAACAUUAUGUGCACAUAUCUAUGUAAAAUGUAAAUCUUUAUACAUAUUGGUAGGUAGAUGUAAUUUCUUAUCUAAGGUCCCAAUUAACAGCAAGUGGCAAACAAAAUCACCAAAGUACCCUUUACAAAAAAGAUUUUUGUCUAUUAUGUGGAGAUGAAACAUAAUUUACAUCAUAGCCAAUUAAAUAUGGAUCUAACAUGAAAGGUCAAUGUAUAUAAAUGGAAAAGCAGAUUUGUUCAUCAAGGGCUCUUUUGUGAAUCUAUAGGGUAUCUAACCUUUGGAUUAAACAUUGGAUACCUUUUUUUUCCAGGGUUGUUUUUUUUGUUAUUGUUGUAAGCCCCCCACCCCCCAGUUGUUACAUUCUGCGGCAGAUGCCAGUGUAAUUCUAUUGCUCUAAAGACACAGAGCAAAUGAAAUUUCAAUUCGUGUUGAAGUCUGCUAGGGAAAAUGGUCAGGGUGUUUACUGUUAAGUAGUGCAGAGGCUCGCAAGUGAAAUGUACAUUAUUCACAAAAAUUUCACAGAUGGAUAAAUUCCUAUUGUAGGACAGAUUUAAUUUUUCAAAGCUUUCUCUCUGGGAGAAAAAAAAUUGCGAGGAGUCCUAAAAAUAUCCACAUGUCUGAAUUUGAAAACAGCCCUAGGAGUUAGAAGUCCUCAUUUGGGGAGACUGAUUGGACAGGGUGGAUUUAGAAUCUUUCCUUUUGAGAGUGUUAUAGUUUUCAUGAAUUUUAACUAUCCAAUUGGAAUAGGCUUGGAGGGCUUGAGAAAAUAAAUUUAGAGGCAGCCAAUUGCAACUCCAAAAAUUAUCUCACCUCGAGUUUAUGGUGCAAAUUAUGGUGCACCAAUCUUUCUCAAAACCAAGAACCUUAUUGGAAGUAUUCUAUAACUGUAUGCCAUAAAAUCUGUUCUCCUUUUGCCAAUUUUAUGGAGAUGUAUUUUAAAAUGGCUAUUUUUGAUCUUUUUCAGAUAUUUUUUAAUCACACAUAUUUAUGUGUAAUUUGGUUGGUUGGU